AUGACGUCGAAUGUCAUUAUUGAAAAGGAGCCAAAUCAACACACUGUGGUCCCCGACACCAAAAAGUCUGGUUUGUCCUGGUGGCGUAGGUUGUUCAGUCGUAAGAAGCAGCAGACUCCUGUGGAAGAUGUGAAAGACGACGCACAGACUACAUCUACUGCCACAGAAAUAAGUAUCAACACCAGCGAGGAGUCUCAGCAUGAAGAUGGUGUCCAGGAGGUUUCAUCAUCCGCCCCUGAAACUUCAGCCUCAGCUGCAACUGAGGAUGAAGAAGAAGACAUGGAGUUGUUGUCUUCUUCUAUGUGUUUUUUUUCUUUUAUCAGCAGCAUCAACGCUGACGAGGAGUCCGAGGAAGGAGCUGGUGUCCCUGAAGAUGAAGAAGCAGCUAGUGCUAACCCCAGCAUCCAGUCUGAAGAUGGUGAAGCUGUGGAGAAGGCUUCAUCCAGCGCUGACAUUCUGGUCUCAACUGAGGAUAAAGACGUAUCAGAAGACACAGAGUUGUUGUCUUCUGCCCCAGAAGAUAAGUAUAUGUCCUUUUCUUUUAUCAGCAGCACCAACAAGGAGUCCGAGGAAGAAGCUGGUGUUCAGGAGGCUUCACCCACCGCUGAAGAUGAAGAAGCAACCAGUGCUAACACCACCAUUGAGCCUGAUCACGAUGAGCCUGUUGAGAAGGCUUCCAGUUGGCUUCGCUGGCUGGUGCCUCGCCGUAAGAAACAGAAGGUGGAGACAGAACCUCCAUCUGAGACAGCAGAGAUGGACACAGAUUGCACUGAGGCCCAGCCAUUUACCAUUCACAGCAAAAAACUCAACCCAAUAGGUCAGGGUGGGAGUGUAGACGUCGAAUCUCUCAACGCCGAUAUAUAUAGAAAAGUGUUCCUUCGGCAAAAGAAUUUCUUGCAGGAAAAAACCUCAGCCAGCACAGAAGUCAUCCCCAGAGAGGAGCUGGUCUGCCUCGGGUUCCCCAACCUGGCGCAGACCUGCUACAUGAACUCCACCCUGCAAGGCCUCCUGACGCUGAGACCUUUUGUUCAUGACAUCAUCAAGCAGAAGAAGGUGUGGAUGUCUCACCCCGGAUCUAAAGUCCUCAGACGGUUUGUAGAUGUGGGACACAGCCACUUUAACAGCAACAAGAGAGAGGCAAAAAGUGUCCUGGCUGCUUUUAAAGACGCUGUCGCUGAGUUUAACUCAGAGUUUAAGGACCAUCAGCAGAAAGAUGCCCAUGAGUUCCUCAGCUCCUUGUUGAAUCAGAUGAAGUCUCUGAACUUUGACCUGCAGGAAUCAGCAGUUAACAUGGGCUUCAGAUACACCUGCCCUGUUGAUGCUCACAUCACCUUCCAGAUGUUGAGCACCAGGACCUGCAAAGGAUGCAGUAAACAAUCCAUGAGGGAGGAGGAUUAUAUCAACCUGUCCCUAGACCUGGUGCAUGGCGGCUCAGUAAACCAGUGUCUAAAGGACUACCUUAAAGUGAACCAGUUGGAGUAUCGGUGUGAGUGUGGUGCAGAGCAGUCAACCCAGCGGCCGUCCUUCUUGACCCUGCCAAAUGUACUGAUCCUGCAGCUGAAGAGAUUCAGCUUCACCAAAACCUACGACCUGGUGAAGGUGCAGAGCCCCGUUGUUUUAUCAAGAGAGCUGCUGGUGAAUCCAGAAUCUAGCGUUGCCCAACAGACAACAACUCGCUACUCUCUGGUGAGCAUCGUCAGCCAUUUAGGAUCCACAGCCAACUCUGGACAUUAUAUUUGUGACGGAGCCUACAGACCGGGAGAUAAUAAAGACCGAUGGCUAACUUACAACGACAAACACGUCAGUGAGACGACCGGCGCGUCUGUCUGCCACAAUCGCCAACAAACAGCCUACCUGCUGUUCUACGUGAAGCAGCAGUAGAAAAGAAUCAUCGUUGGAGGACCAAAAUUCAAACAGUGUUUUGUAUAUUUUAUAUAUAUUUUUUUUCUCUUUUAUAUAUUUGUGUUUAUUGGUAUAUAGUUUUAUGUAUCUAUAUA